CUGUGGGGAAACUCUAUGGUGGCGGAGGACUGUUGUUUACGUCUGAGAGAAAUUUCGUCAAAACAGCGGAGCGCAGUGACAGCGAGCAGCAGGGCCUCCAGAGCCGCGACCCAGCCGAGUUUUCUUCACUAACCCGCCGCCCAGCGCCUGCUCUCCGCCCCGUCCUCCAGGCAGGCCGGUUCAAUGCCUUUCAGAGCCGCUUUAUCGCCGCUAUGGACGCAAACGAUCUGUUUUCGAGCUGCAGGAAGGGCGACGUUGCGAGAGUGAGAUACCUGGUUGAACAGAGAGAUGUGGAAUUGAACGUGAGAGAUAAAUGGGACAGUACACCUCUGUACUAUGCGUGCCUCUGCGGACACGAGGAGUUGGUGCAGUAUCUACUGGCCAACGGAGCGAAAUGCGAGGCGAAUACGUUUGAUGGCGAGCGAUGUCUGUACGGAGCUCUGAGCGACUCCAUCCGCCGCCUGCUGAAGGAGUACAAGCGCAUCACAGCUAAAGCAAUGCAGAGAGACUACUACGAGCACUUCCUGCAGACGCUGCUGGAACAGGGCUCGUACAGUGAUGUGAUGUUCAUGGUGCAUGGCGAGAUGUUCCGGACGCACCGCUGUGUUCUCAGCGCCCGCUCCGAGUACUUUGCCCACAUGCUGGAGACUAAAUGGAGGGGCAAGACUAUGAUAGCUCUCAAACAUCCACUGGUAAACCCUGCUGCAUUCGCUGCACUCCUACAGUACUUCUACACUGGUCGAUUGGAUAUAGAUAUGAGCUAUGUGGAGGACUGCAAGCGCCUGGCAAAGCAGUGCAAAAUCAGCGAGCUGAUCGAGGAGCUGGAGGUCAAGUGCAAGCAGGUGCAAGAGUUUGUGUCCAAUAAGCCGGGGACAUGUGUGAAGGUGCUGACACUGGACCCUCAUGAUUGGCAGCUGCAGGAUGGCAUGGCUCUGUUAGCAGAUAGCGCUCUUCCAGCUGAACUGAGAGUUGGGUAUGGACAGCUUCCUUUCGAUCUUACUGACAGCUUCCCAAGCUAUCCCGACAUCUGCUUCCGGGUGGAUGGUUAUGACUUCCUGUGUCAUAAGGCAUUUUUCUGUGGGCGAAGUGAUUAUUUUAAAGCAUUAGUGGAGGAUCAUUUCAGUGAAGGCGAAACCCUGCAGUCUCUCCCUGGAGUUCCUGUUAUCACCUUACAUGACGUUUCUCAUGACCUUUUCACCAGAAUCCUGUACUACAUAUACAGUGAUAACACACAGCUCUCCCAUGAUAAUGUGUAUGAGGUGCUGUGUGUGGCGGAUAUGUACCUGCUGCCCGGUCUGAAGCGUCUGUGCGGCCGGACGCUGGCGGCGCUGCUGAGUGAAGAGAACGUUUUACACAUGUGGAAAACAGCCAAACUCUUCAGCCUGUCUCGUCUUGAGGACCAGUGCACCGAGUUCAUGGCCAAGAUCAUUGAGAGGCUGGUGGAGAGGGCGGAGUUUGCCGAGGUGAUCAGAGAGGAUGCUGGGAGUGUGGCCGCCCGACAGGAGACGGACUCCAUCCCCCUGGUGGACGAAAUCCGCUACCACAUUAGCAGCAACGUUCAGACAUACAGCGCCAUAGAGGAAGCCAACCAGAAACUCCACGCCCUCGAGCUGCUGCUCAACUACAUCGGCCUGGACUGCUGAGGAGAGACGGGGGGAGAGAGAGAGAGUGAAAAAGAGAGAGAGAGAGAAAGAGAGAGAGAGAUAAGAGGGCAGAGAGUGCAAGAUAAGUGGAGAGAUACAGGAGGGGGAUGGUUGGAAAGAAGGACAGUGAAAGAAAGAGUAGAAAUGAGGAUGUGUGUGUGUUUGUGUGAACUUGUGUGUGUGUAUGUGUGUGUGUCUCGGCAUUCUUCACCAUAUAAAUAUAUGAAAUACAGAAAAAAUAUAUAUAUUAAUUAUUUAAUUGCUUGCUUUAACACACCAGAAAUAAACAGGCUCACUCAGUAAUGGGCUAUUUUAAAUCACAACAGCUUUCCAGAUGUUUACUUAUCUCAGUCUCAUAUUCAGUUGCAGCUUAAACACACACACACACACACACACACACAUAUAUAUAUAUAUACACCAAUCAGCCACUUCAUUAACACUACCUCCUUCUUUCUACAUUCACUGUCCAUUAGAUCAACUCCGCUUAGUUCUAUCUGUAUCUAUUUCUCUGUAUACUUUAUUAUUAUCCUCCUUUCAUCCUGUUUCACCAUUUUCAGCACUGCACUGACAUUAACAUGCUGUGUUAGUAGCGUGUGUUUUGCUGGUACGUGUGUUGGAUCAGAUGCAACAGUGCUGCUGGAGUUUUUAAACACUGUUUUUUAAUCACUCUCUGUCUUCCACUCUAUAUUAGACACUCCUACAUACAGCUGCUCCACCUUGUAGAUAAAGUAAAGUCAGAGACAGAAGCUCUGAAUCUGUUGCUGCACAGCUUUUUGUAUGUUGGUCAUCCUCUAUUCCUACAUUAAUGGAUACAGGACGUUAACAGGCUGUUAGCUGGGUAUUUCUGGUUGGUGGACUAUUCUCAAUCCAGCAGUGACACUGAGAAUAAGUUUAAAAACACCAGCAGCACUGCUGUAUCUGAUGCACUUAUACCAGCAGUCCACACACUAAAGGCUGUAACACACUGGUAUUUUCAGUAUUACAUUUAGAGUAUCAUCACAGCUCACUCAGCGGAAAGUGCAGCGACUCAGUUCUGAUACAACAGCUCACAGACGCAGCCUUGUGCUGAUCCACAUCACCCAGGGAGUGAUGAGGGGAACAGUGCCAUCUAUUGUUUCCACCCAGAGAGAGCAAGGACAGUUGUGCUCCCUCGGGACUCCGGCAGAUGAUGGCAAGCUGCAUGACAGGGAUUCGAAGCAGUGAUUCGAACCAGUGAUCUCCCGAUCAUAGUGGCAGCUCCUUAGUCUGCUGAACCAAUCAGAGCCCAGAACUUUUAUAUUUAAAAGAAACGUCACAUCUUGCUCACAAGAAACUCUCUUGUGGGUGAUAGAUGAGGAAAAUUAUUAAAUAAUAAAUAAUCUAGACAUCAGGAAAUGUGCUUCUACUGUCACUGCAGAGCUGAAAAUAAUGAUCUGCUCUGUUGUGGUCUAUCCUGUGGGAUCCUGACCAUUAAAGAACAGACAGGGUGAUGGUGGGGGGGAUAAUAAAUAAUAAAGAUAAUAAAGUGUGCAGAGGAACAGAUACAGGACUACAGUCUGUAAUUAUUACAGAACUUCAGCGUGAUCCUAUAUGAUUAGUGCAGUUGUUGCAAUGUCCAUUGAAUGUAGAAACAAGGAGGUGGAUGAUCUGUGUGUAUACACACACACACACACACACACAUGCACAAGCACACACACAGACAGAUAAAUGCAGUAAUAGUGCUGGUGUGAAUUGCAUUGAACUAAAAGAACCUCUUGUCUCUAAUUUACUGCUCAUUAUUGCUUUGGAUUAUUUUGUUCUUUUGAGAAAAAAAAAAGUUUUCCUUACACAAUUUUGAUUUUAGUAUAUAUUUAGAAUAUAUGUUGAUGUAAACCUUAUUUUACAGUCAUAACUGCCCUUUAUUAUGCAGCUCAACCAGCAGAAGUUUAGCAGAAGUGCUUCCUUACCUUUUUGUAGUUAUGAUCCUGAUGCAGUCAAAAAGAGCAUGGCUCAUCCGUGGAUUAUUACUAAUUACUAAUAUAAGAACUGAGCUUUCUUAUUAUUUCUUAUUUAAGCAAAGAAGUUUAUUGGGUUAUCGAAUUUAUUGUGUUUAAUAUUAUAAUAGAUUUAUAUGUUUAAGGAAAAAAAGAAAAGAGAUGUAUAAAAAAGAAAUGAUUUAAAGAUUGAAUCGAGGUUUCGAGGUCUGUUGUUUGUUUUAGCUGGACUGCUCUGCUGCGCGAAUGCGUGUAAUGAAUUGCGCGAGUGUUGGGCUGUAAUGGGCUGUAAUGCUGUAAUGGGUCGGUAGGGUUUGAUCACAGUGGUGGAGGUUUAUUUGGGCUUUACCGAGCUUUUCCUGUGAUAUUUAAUAUAUAACAUAUAGGAACGAGAAAGUGACACUCUAGUACAUUUUAACAAAAGGGGUUCUAUUCAGAGUUUUUUUUUUUUGUUUGUUUGUUUUUUCAGUGCAUGGUACCUGCACUACUCAACUCUAACUCUGGCUUUUUUUCCUUUACCACAGCUUACCUUCUAAAACAUUGUCAAUAUAUCACAUUUACAAAGACAACACAGUAACAAUCUACACUGCUGAAGAGAUUUUGCAUUUUGCUGUCUUUAUUGUCUUUAUUAUGGUGGUAUAUGAGGUGUUAGUGUGUGUUGUCCUGGUACAGUGUGAAGAUCAGACACUGCAGCAGUGCUGCUUGAGUUUUUAAACACUGUGUUCUUUCACUGUGCUCCACUGCUCCACCUUGUAGAUACAGUAAAGUCCGUAUUGUAUUGCAUUGCAUUGCACUGCGCAGAAUUGUAUUUUUUUUUUAUGGCCAAUCAGCACUCUACAAGGUUUAUACUGUUUAUAAUGCCGUGUUUUAGUCCUGCGGCGGCUCGCUUGCAACCAAAAACAAGCAGAUACUAAGAAAGUACCUUUAAUUAAGAAGAUACCUGGUCUAAAAAAAAAGCAAAAAGAGUAUUGUUGAGUAUUGAGUAUUGAUUUAUGUAGUGUUUGUACCAUGCAGUGAAAAAGUGCCAAUAUUUCGGACUGGUAGGAAAUGUACUAGAAUUAAAAUAUGAAUUUUGGUUGAGAUUGAGGAUUAAAAAAGAGAUUUCUUUUUGUUUGUUAUUAUUAUUAUUGCUAUUAUAAAGAUUCUCAUUUAUUAACCAGUGCAAUAUUGUAUAACACAGUCUCCUAUGUGUGAUACUGACCUGGCUGUGGUGCUGUUUGUUUGUUUGUUUAUUUGUGUGUUGAUUGUUUGUCUGUUUUAGUUGAGUUGGUUUUAUGUUAUUUUAUAGUGCUUCAUUGUGAUUCUAUGGUGGCCUUUAAGGGCCAGACUGCAUCCACUGCUCUAUAGGUCUUUAAUAUCCCUGCUGUUUGCUGGCUUUGCUGUGAAAAGCCCUAUCUGGACGGGAUUAGUAUCUCAGGGGGACUUCUGUGAAAAAAAUAUUUCACAGUUCAGUAGCUCCUCCAUUUCCACUCACUCUUGUGUUUUUUUCUUUUCGUGGAUCUCCGUGGAAUAGAGCGGCCAAAGUGCAAAGUGUAAUUACAGUACGCGGCAGUGGACAAAUAGCUAUUUUAUUAAACUUGAGAUGAUGAAACUCAGAGAUGUGAGUCUGGACAGGACUAAAAUGACCGGAGGACCAUGGAUUUCAGAGAACAACAGUACAUAAUUCAGCCUGUUAAUUUUUUUUAAAGGACGUCUGAGAAAAACACAUACAUGGUCGUUCCGUAUGGGAAUAAACUCAUAGAGGGUUAAACCCCAGAAGCCCCUGAGGAACUAAUCCCGUCUGGAUAGAACUUUAAUGUGUGUUUGAGAAUGAAUGAGUGAAAAAGCUAAAGAGAGUAUGUGGAUGAGUGUGUGUGAGUGUGUAGUGAUGAGGAUUGGCCUUUAGGACAGUUUGAGUCUUAAAGCUUUACAGUUGCAAAUAACCCAGUUUUCUUAAUGGCAUUUGUAUUUCCGCACUUACAAGCAUUACAUUUGCCUGAUAGAUAUAAAGAGAUCAGUGUCAUUAAACAGGAUGCAUAGAAGCAAAUAAAUAAUUACAUUAUAAA